GUCAUUAUAUUUUUAAUAUAUUUUAUUAAUUUUUAGCCAAAACUCUAUGCAGGAGAAUUAUUGGACAUGGUAGCUUCCUACUUCAACUUAAAAGAGAAAGAAUAUUUUGGAUUGGCAUUUUUAGAUGAAACGAAUCACUACAAUUGGCUGCAGUUGGACAAACGGGUUUUGGAACAUGAUCUUCCCAAGAAAUCAUCUCAAGCGCCGUUUGUUCUUUAUUUUCUUGUGAAGUACUUUGUGGAGAGUAUAACCGAAUUAAGAUGCAGUCACAGCGUGGAAGCGUUCUAUCUACAGGCAAAGUCACUUGUUUUUAAGGGUGUUAUAGAAACAGAUAGUGAGACAGCUUUUCAAUUAGCAGCUCUAGUUCUUCAAGCAACAUAUGGUGAUUAUGUUGAUGACAUAACUACUAGAGACUAUUUGAAAAGACUUCCUGUUUUACGAGAAAGUACCCUAAAAGAACAUUUUUCUAUAUCAUUGUGUGAAGAUAAAGUUAUAGAAUUUUAUAAACAUCUAGUUGGUCAAACAAAAGGAGAAGCCGUUGUAAAUUACCUUAGCAUUGUUGAAAGGCUACCUACUUAUGGGAUUCAUUAUUAUGAAGUAAAGGAUAAGAAAGGUGGUUCUUGGUGGUUAGGUAUAAAUCAUAAAGGAAUUAGUCAAUAUGAUUAUUCAGACAGAAAAUCUCCUAGACAAGUAUUUCUUUGGAAGCAGUUAGAUAAUUUGUAUUAUAGAGAUAAGAAAUUCUCCAUAGAAGUGCAUGAAGUCAGAAGAGUAGUUCAUGCUUUAAGUAGUUUUAAUUUAUAUGAAGAUGCUAUUGAAGAGCCAGUAGAAGAUUAUGAUGAACUUUCUGAUGCAAUUUGUGAUCCAACUACACAAGUAUCAGUUAGUAGAAGAACAUUUGGUCCUGCAAAAGUUACAGUGUUUGUUUGGAUUGCUUCCACACCUUCUUUAACAAAAUGUAUCUGGUCAAUGGCUAUAUCUCAACAUCAGUUCUAUUUGAAUCACAAGCACAGAAAAAGUCAAGUAUAUGUUACACGUAGUCUAGGCCAAAUAGCAGCUGAUUUAUGUCGUAGCAUUCAAUCACUCUCUUCUACAAGUUCUUAUUCUAAUUUAAGUCGAAGUGCCAGUUCAAAUAGUUUGCCUGUUUUUCAAAUAGAUAAUUGUCAAAGUGAAGAAAGUAGAGUUGCAAGAUUAGAAAUGUUAUCAGCUUUAAAAGCAAGAAAAGAAGCCUUAGAAGAGGCAUUAUCAAAGAAAACAGAAGAAUUGAAAGCUUUGUGUUUGAAAGAAGGGGAAUUGAGUGGUGAAUUACCUAUAGAAACACCUUUAUCUCCUGGAGAACCUAUUCCUCAAGUUAGACGAAGGAUAGGCACUGCUUUCACUUUAAGUGAUCAAUUGAUAUGUAAAUUAAAAUCUAAAGAAGUAAGUAGAUAUAAAAGCAAGUUUUAAGUAUUAAAUUGUAAU